AUGUCAGCGAUACUUCGCUCAUCGUUCGCAGCAUCCGGAUCGUUCUCUCCGCGAUCUCUCUCGAGUAUACCACCUGCUGCUCAAAACUACGAACCACUCGUCAAAGCUGUACUCCGACAUCGCCUCACGCGGCAUGUCUUCCUUCACUCUGCGCUGUGCUCCUUGGUCGCCUCUGCCAUAUGGUUGUCCUGGUUGAAGACCGGACUGCGACCUGUCAUCACAGGAGGGUGGGUAGCAUACAUACCUGAGUCUUCGACCUUGCUACUUGCGGCGUUGACGUGGGCUGGCGGUGUCCUGCCUCUCAUCAUUUUCCGACGGUGGUCAUUGACAGCCGCAGCCUCUAUUGCGCCAUCACCAUCUCAGACUGUACGCAACGCACUUGCAAAACCCACUACGUUGUAUGGGUUCGCCACCUACACCGCAAGUUCGGCGUGCAUAUUCCUCCUCCACAUUAUUGCCGCGAAAUUGGCCCAGGAUAAUGAUCCGCAGCUGUCGGUAUUUGUGAAGUCGAAGAAGCAUCCGUACUACCUCAAUGGCCGAUUCUUGUACACCCUCCUAUUCUCCGUCUACCUCGGGGCUGCGUUCCUUCUUCGCAACCUCAUGUUGGAUCGCUUCGCGCUAAGGUCGAAGGCAUCACCGAGCUUUGUAUUCCUCGCUGGCAUCCUCGCUCUGAAAGCGGCAGUGUUUACGCUGAUUGCGGCGGCGACAUAUGCGUUCAUCUUUGCGCUAUCACGGGCUUUCGUCAUACCAAUCGUCCUGAGGAUACCACUGCUCGGCCAAUUUCUGCGUCCUUUCCUAGGAUACGUUAUCUCAAGACGGAGCGAGUGGACUUUUGUCCUCCCUUUGCGGAAUCUGGGCUUGCUGUUCAGGACAUCUGCCCUCGGAUUCUCAACCGUCGUCUUAUGGGAAGUCGCGGAGACCCUGUUUGAUGACAUUGUUGCUGAGCCGAUUACCGUCUAUCAAUUAACGGCUGAUCCCGCGUUGGCGUUGGUCUCAGGAAUCACGUCCACCGAUCCCGCCGGUUACUUCCGUCGCUUUGCGUACGCAGAACUGCAGCAAUUGGCGCAAGAUGAUUCGACCGCGGCGAGCGCGAAACGAACGGCGCUGUUCGCGGACCAGAAGUACAAUCCGAGCAUGUGGGCCGUGCUGUGCCGCGAGAGCCUCCUCCUGCUCGGCCGAGACUACCAGCACCUUCUCCGACGAGGAAAGCCUCCUCUACCCCCGCCCGCCGCACCUCCCGCCGCGAAAUCCGUCGCCCCCAGGGCACCGGGCACGCCGCUGAAGAAGGGCCCGAUAUUCAAGAGCACCCAGGAGAGCCCGAUCCGGAAGGUGGUGGAAAGCCUCGCGAGCGACGGAACGAUGAGCCAGGCGGUCGAGGAGACGGAACAGAACCUGCAUCUUCCGGAUCUCUUCAGGAGCGUGAGGAGCUCGGAGCUCGUGAAGGGCCCCGCGGAUAGCUUUGCGGUAGUCAAGGAGAAGGUGGAGACGGUUAAAGUGCCCGACGUGAGAUCCGUCGUAACGACUGCAAAGGGCAAGGGGAAGGAGGUGCUGAGAAGCAACGUGCCGGCGUGGGCCGUGGAGCUCGGGGACGAGGUAUACGACUGGUGGGCUCGAGAUAGGGCGAGUAAACUGGUGGAACGUUCGCUACCAAAUCGAGAACUGGACGCGAUCGUCGUCGAAGUGCUUUCCUACCUGGUGUGCGCGUCACUUAAGGAAGAUCGCUAUGGUGUCGUCCAACGCGAUAUACCUCGCAUUCUCGAGGCGUUUGUCUCCCUCCUGACUGCGAUAGAAGAAUACCACGCUGAGAUAACGAAGACGUACGCCCCGCCUGCAUUAUCUCCAGAAGAGGAGGCGGCACUACCCCUGAACCAACUUCGGGAACGUGACGCACAAGCGCAGGAGGUAGCUAAAGCGAGUGAGCAUAUGGCAGUGGUAUCUGAUGCCCUCAAGGAUGGCUUGCUGAGAGUCGUGCGGACGUUUGGAGAAAAGCUGUCUGCGUUCAAGUUUCCGCCGCGGAUAGCCAGGAAGCUGCAGGGUUUCGCUGAUUACAGUUAG